ACCUCACCCUCUCCAUCCCCUGCUCCGCUCCGAUCACCACCUCCUCCUCCUCGAGGUUCUGGUUUUACCCCCAUCCAUCCCGGCGGGCGAUCGAGGGCGCUGGCUGCGUGCGACGCGAGCGGCCAAGAAGCGGCGGCGGCGGCGGGGGAGGGAUGGAGCGGUACGAGGUGAUCAGGGACAUCGGCUCCGGGAACUUCGGGGUGGCCAAGCUGGUCCGGGACGUCGCCACCAAGGAGCUCUUCGCCGUCAAGUUCAUCGAGAGGGGCCUCAAGAUUGAUGAGCAUGUUCAAAGGGAGAUUAUGAAUCACCGAUCACUGAAGCAUCCAAAUAUAAUCCGAUUCAAGGAGGUUGUGCUAACUCCCACACAUUUGGCAAUAGUUAUGGAAUAUGCUUCUGGUGGUGAGCUAUUUGAAAGAAUUUGCAACGCGGGAAGAUUCAGUGAGGAUGAGGCAAGGUUCUUCUUCCAACAACUGAUUUCUGGAGUGAGCUAUUGUCAUUCUAUGCAAGUAUGCCAUAGAGAUUUGAAACUUGAAAAUACUCUCUUGGAUGGGAGUGUCGCGCCUCGGCUUAAGAUUUGUGAUUUUGGUUACUCCAAGUCUUCUGUUCUGCACUCUCAACCGAAAUCAACUGUUGGCACGCCAGCUUACAUUGCUCCAGAGGUCCUCUCUAGAAAAGAGUAUGAUGGGAAGGUUGCUGAUGUUUGGUCUUGCGGUGUAACACUGUAUGUGAUGCUUGUCGGUGCAUAUCCUUUUGAGGAUCCUGAUGACCCCAAGAACUUUCGCAAGACGAUCACUCGGAUACUCAGUGUACAGUAUUCAAUUCCAGACUAUGUUCGAGUCUCAGCGGAGUGCAGGCAUCUCCUGUCCCGGAUUUUCGUUGGAAAUCCUGAGCAGAGGAUAACCAUUCCAGAGAUCAAGAACCACCCAUGGUUCCUCAAGAACCUGCCCAUCGAGAUGACUGACGAGUACCAGAGGAGCAUGCAGCUGGCAGACAUGAACACGCCGUCGCAGAGCCUGGAGGAGGUCAUGGCGAUCAUCCAGGAGGCCCGGAAACCGGGCGACGCCAUGAAGCUCGCCGGCGCUGGCCAGCUCGGCUGCCUGGGAAGCAUGGAUCUCGACGACAUCGACGAUAUCGACGACAUCGACAUCGAGAACAGCGGGGACUUCGUGUGCGCCUUGUGACAGAUGCCAAUCGAAUUGAUCAUGUUGGUUGAAGACUCAAAGUAGCAGCGAGCUUUCUUGGUGGCCGAUUUGUGUGCGUGGAAGGUGGAUCCCCUUCUGUUGCUGUGUCGUUCAUGGCUCUCGUUUUGAUUGCGGAUCACAUAUGCUCUGUGACCAAGAGAUUGCCAUCGCUGUGCAUAAAUAAGAUGAGUUUAAUUACAUGCUGGUAGUUGUAUUCUUGGCAAAAUGCUUUGUGCUACCAGUUCUUUAUUUACAUUUCAUCAGUUAUUCUUCAUGCAAUUCCUGUCCUUUCUCAUAAUCUUAGCAAACUGGGGUACAUGUUUUCGUAUACUGAAUACAAGAAUCCAUCGUAAGACUUUCUGGCACUAUCUUGUAUAUAUAUUUUUCAU